AUGAAGGCCAUGAAGGGGCUCAGUGUGAAUCGGAUGAUGAGUACGCUCAAGAAGCGAACAACAAACAACUUCAGUGGAUCCAGCCAAGUGUCGGCGUCGACAGAUCCGCAGAACGAGACGCCCGAGGCUACAGCUGCUCGUGGCGUGAAACAAUUCUGCGAAUCUGGAGGCCCCAAUGCUCAGGGCGAUGAAGUCCUCUAUCUCCCGCCCAUCGUCGAUGCCGCUGAGUCUUCCCCGGCCGCCGCCGCCGAAUGCGCCCGCAUCAUCCGGAAAUACCUAGCCAAGGACAACCACGCCAAAGCCUCGUGGCAGUACAAUGCCAUCAUGCUAAUCCGCAUCCUUACCGACAAUCCCGGCCCCACGUUCACCCGGAAUAUGGACAAGAAGUUCGCCGAUACCGUCAAGGAACUAUACCGGACUACGCACGAUCCCAGUGUCAGACAAAUGUUAUCUGAGACGUUGGACACCUUCGAGGCCACCAAGUUUGACGAUCAAGGUCUAGGCGAGCUGAUCUCCAUGUGGAAGAAGGAGAAGGAACGGAGCUACAAGCAAUAUGGCAACCCCAGACAAUCCGUGGCGGGUCCCGAUCCUCGAACUAUGAAUGCGCCGCCAUUUAAUCCCCAUUCGCAGAACUACUUUGCCAGGAAUCACACCAAUCGAAACUUGCCUACACCCGCUGAGCUUGCGAGCAGAUUGGAAGAGGCGAGGACAUCUGCGAAACUACUCUCCCAAGUCGUCGUCAACACUCCUCCUCAGGAGGUGAUCGACAAUGACCUGAUCAAGGAGUUCGCGGACAGAUGCCAGAGCGCCUCCAGAAGCAUACAAAUGUACAUGACGGCCGAAAACCCGUCUCCCGACAACGAGACAAUGGAGCACCUGAUCGAUACGAACGAGCAACUUCAGUCGGCACUCAAUCAGCAUCAGAGAGCCGUUCUCGGUGCUCGAAAGCAGCUUGGAAUCGACCCACGGUCAGACAACACCAGCCCCGUGAGUGCUCAAACAACCGAGACUCAGCAAGCUAGUCGGACCCAAGAGUGGGCGCAGGCGCAGGCGCAGUCGUCAUCUUCUAGCUCGACUCCAGUCCCUGUUCUUCCGACGAGGCCAUCUGAAGGAAGCGGAAAGGGCAAGGCAUCGGAAUCCUUCGCGCCGCCCCCGGGACCGCCCCCGAAAGCUCAACCGCAACACGGGGCCGAGGACCCCUUUAAGGAUCCCCAGCCAGAGAACCACUACUCUUCAUCGAGCCGACCCGGAGGAUCCGGGGGUGCAGUGGAACUGCCUGGUGAAGAGCCACGUCUGGCUCAUGAGCCCUUCCAUCCAGGUUUCAAUCCCACUCCGAGCUACCUUGGAAGGCAAGACAGUGCUUUGGGCAAGGUCGCAAUGCACGGCGCCGAUGAGGCCACUACGCCCGGACCACUCAGCGGCAAUCCGAUCCACACUGUCGAUCUCAGGAACCGGCAAGGGACACUGCGCGAAGACUCAGAUGAUGACCUUUACGAAUCAACUCCGAAUAGUUCCAAGAAGAAGGAACCAGUGUACAGGUACUAA